GUUCAGUCUGUGUGGGAGGGUAGUAAUAGACAACUACCCUCCAGGGCUGACCCGGCCAGACCACAGGAAGGUCAGUAUCAAGGGGGACAGCACGGUGAUUGGACUGUCCACGGACAAGGAGGGCCAGUUUUGUACCAAGGUUCAGCCAGGUGCACACGUGGUCAAGACCCUGGUGAGCAAGGAGGAGGAAGAGGCAGGUCUAAAACUGACCCCAGCAGAGAGGAUAGUCAAAGUAGUGGACAGGCCAGUGGAUGACGUCACCUUUACGCAGUUCAGGGCCAAAAUAUCUGGCACAGUCACUUGCUUAGAGAAAUGUAAGAACAUUCACAUCUCCCUUAUUCCCAUUGCCAGAGAAGAUGAUGGAAUGGCAGCCAAGAUAAAAGAGGGAAGUAAAGGAGGCACGUUUACAUUAGAGAAUGUCCUUCCUGGGAAAUACAAAGCCAAUCUUCUGAAUGACAUCUGGUGCUGGAAGUCUAAGGUGUUGGAUGUAGAAGUGACAGAUAAAGACGUCACAGGAGUCGACUUUCAACAGACUGGAUAUAUGAUUUCUGUGACCUCAUCUCAUGACCUUAAACUGGCUUAUACUAACCAAGACAAAAAGCUGGAUUAUCGUGGCACAUUUGAUGAUGUGGUGAAAGGUCUGAACAAGUUUUGUUUGGAAAAACCAGGUCUAUACAAACUGAAGCCGGAGUCGUGUCACCGCUUUGACAAGGAAGAAUACAGCUUUGAUACGGGGAAGCCAAUCCCACUCACACUGACUGCAACAAGCCAUAGAAUUGAUGGGUCUAUCAAAACAGAUAUACGCAUAAGAGAUAUAAUGCUGUCUAUCAAAACUGUUAAUAAAGAUGGUACAAAGGAAGAGACACGGGGACCAUUGAGGGGAAGCAAGGAUAAUAUUAAGAUGGACGACCAGUUUAUGGUGGGACCUAUGUUUUAUGACUGGGACCACUGGGCCAAGACAGGGGAUACAGUGGUGUUCCAGCCGUCAUCCAAACAUAUCCUGUUUUACCCACAGAAAGCAGACAUCGUGGUACAGGGAGAUUCCUGCCCUAUAUCUGUGAAGUUUGAUGGCAAGGAAGGCGUAUUUAUCGAGGGGUUGGUGAGAGAGAAGUCAGGAGGACAGGAUGGUUUAGGAGGAGUCAUGAUCACUAUUACGCCCAAGAACAACGAGAAUGUUAAAGUCUCCAUCUUGACUUUUAAUGAUGGGUCUUUCGAACAUGGUCCCUUUCAUGGUAACACAGAGUACGUGGUAGAACCCAGCAUGGAAGGUUAUAUAUUUGAAGAGGUCCAUGAGAUGCUGCCAUAUCACUGGUUUGCCAUUAAGCUAGGCAAGGUCACAGUAAAGGUUGUCGGAGAGAAGGACCAACCCCUCAAUGGCGUCCUCCUGUCGUUAAGUGGAGGUGACUUCCGCAGUAACAAUCUCACUGUGGAGAAUGGCACCAUGGUCUUUAGUAACCUGCACCCAGGUCAGUUUUUUCUCCGUCCAAUUAUGAAGGAAUAUAAAUUUGAGCCGGCGUCCCAAAUGAUAGAAGUAAGAGAAGGAAGUGAUGUCAAGAUCAACAUUAAGGGCUUCAGAGUUGCAUUUAGUUGCUAUGGCUCUGUGACGUCGCUGAAUGGAGAACCAGAACCGUCCAUUUUGGUGGAGGCCGUGGGUCUGGACGACUGUGCCAGCCAUCAAGAAGAGUCCAAGACUGAGGCAGAUGGUAGCUAUAGGAUACGAGGACUACAGCCUAAAUGUAGCUACAAGCUCCAGCUAAGAGAUGACCCUGCUAACCAGCACAUCUCCAGAGCAGAGCCUAGGGAUAAAAUAAUAAAGGUGGAGGACAGUGAUUUAAAUAAUGUUAACAUAAUCGCAUUCCGUCGUUUGAACCAGAUGGACAUCAGUGGCAAUAUUAAGACUUCUAAAGAGCAUUUAUCUAGUCUAAAGGUGAAAUUGUUCAAAGAAGACAAUCCAGAUUCUCCAAUUGGAAUAGUCAGCUUAGGAACUUCAGUAUUUUUCUAUCUUCCUUCAGUAACUAUAGAUAAAGAGACUGCAUAUGUGAUACGACUAGAGUCCACAUUAGCUAGAUCCAUGUACGAUUACACCCUCCCAGAGGUCAAGUUCUAUGCAGACAGUAGCUACAGGCAUUUCACAUUUGAAUUUAAUCCCAAGAGAAAGAGUCUAGAGCAGGAACUUAACCAGGGCUCUUUUCUAAUUCUGCCUUUAAUAAUUCUGGUGGCAACUUUGGCCUACUUUAGACAACAGUUAAUACCCUUAGCACAACAAGGCAUUCAGUCACUACAGAUGUCGGUACAAAAAGGGGGCAGCACUGGUGGUAAUGGCGUUGGUGCGGGAGGCGAUGCUGGGUCCGUAGAUCUUUUAACGCGAAAGAAACAGAAGGCACGGAAAAUAAAUUGACAUAUUCAACAGAACUUCGAAACAGAAUGAGACAUGGUGUAUUUAUGUGACAUUCUUUUUUUUUUUUAAUAAAUGUAUAAAUCAUGAUGUAAAUAGAUUUGUUCUCCUGAUGUGAUUGUUAGCUGUUUUGGGAUAAAUAAAAGAAAAUCAAAAAUUUUUAGACCUCAGAACAUUGUGAAUAUCAAUAAACUUUUAUAAUACAAUAAUAAUGAAUGAUAUUUCUGUGUAUAUUAUGUUAAAUGGAAUUUUGUCUUUGGUUUGGUAUGUUCAAAAUACAUGCGGACAUCAAUGAAUUGUUCAGUUUUCCAGAGUGACAUCAUUUAAGUGUCAUAUUCUUGGGACAGCAACUCAUUUCAGAAAAAUGGGUGCAGCUGUGGUGAAAAAAAGUUCAUGGAAUGUUCCAGUACUAAUAAAUUAAUGUUUCUAUUCUUUUUCCUACAGUUUACUUUAAAGUACUUCGUUAUUUUAUGGUUCAUAGAUUUUUUAAAUCUCUUUUCUUGUAUUGGAAUACAAAUCUGUAACUUUUUGUACAUCUCCACUUUGAGACAUGAUUAUAAAUAUAAAAAAUUACAAAAUAUGAGCAAGUUUUCUCUCUGAAAAAAUUGUAAGUUUUAAUUGUUAUAUGUAAACAAAAUGCUGUAAACUAUAUCACUAAUUUAAAAGAUGACAUGAAUGUGUAUAAUUAGAAAAAAAACUUGGCAUUUUUAUUAAGAACAUUUUUGUAAAAAAAAUAGCUAUAUGUUCGACUUGACUCCACUCACUGAGCACCACAGAGAGAUGUAAUAAUUAAAACCCUACUGAAUAUGUCAGUUUAAUCCCCAUCUAAACACUUUGUCUAGGUCUUGUUGGGGUGGCCCAGCAAUUUUCUUCAUUUAGCCAAAUUACUAUUUUUUCAUUGCUUUUUUGCCCAAUGGUUUAAAUUUGACUAAAAUUAGUCAAAUCAAUGCUAUUUUUAGCCAAAUUCAGUCAGAUUUAGCAGCGCUACCCCAGCCUUAUGUUUCCUUUGUAUUUAAAGCUGUAUACUUUCUGAUCUGCCUUGUUAUUGUCAUCAUUUGUCUCAGACUCAGAGGUCAAAGGCCAAUGACCUGAUGAUAAUUAUGGUGAGGAUUUCAAAAAGGAGAGGAAGGAAGUUAAUCAGAUUUGAACACAUGGCAGAGAUGAGAUGUACCUCCCCCAAAACCAGUACCUUUACAAACUAUUCUACAGAUGAUUUACCAAUAGCCAAAGUGACAAAGUGUAGAAUUUUAAACCUGCAUUAUAAGUACAUAAAUCAUUUCUUGUCGAUGUUAUCUGAAGACAAGUAAUACUGAUAACCUUUUAUAACAGAUAAAUGGCACUAAUUAAUCUCAUAAUAAAAUUAAUCAAAUAUGACUCCUCCCCUUUCAACCAUCUUGACACUGACAGUUAAAAUUGAGCAGAAUCCAAAGGUCAUUGCAAGAAUUGAGCAAAAUGAAUGGUAGAAUUUAAAUAAAAAAAAUGUUCAUGAGGAUUUUUUUGGCAGAAAAAUUCUACAUUGUGUACCUUGUAUUCGUAUUUACUAUUUACAAUUGAUAUCCAAUGAUACCCCUGCCAUUCUUAGUCACCUUAAUUGAAUUGAACUGACAUGUGACAGAGUUCUGCUUCUAUGAGGGCAUUUCCAGAGAUUUAGAUUGAUCUUAAUAGAUCGACCUUACUCCCUGGGGGUUCACGCUAAAUUGCAGUCA